AUGAAGCUGUUCUUCGUCACCGCAUUCUUGGCUGUUGCUGCCGCCGUACCAUCCAGCUACAAGCCGGAAUACAAAGCUCCCACCCUCACCAGCCUACCCCGCACCAGCCUACCCGCACCAGCCUACCCCGCACCAGCCUACAACAAGGAUAACAAAUACGAUGACAUUACCAUCACCAACCAAUCUGAUGAGCGCAACCUCGAUGGCAGCAGCCAAUGGAGCUAUGCCCAGUCUGACUACACCACCCGUGAAGAGUCCCAGGUUCAGAAGAAGAUGCAAGGAGUCACUUACGAUUCUUACGGCAAAGAAUCGUACGGUGAAGUCCUAGGCAACACCAACAAGGGAUCCUCUUACUGGGUUUCCCCCGAAGGCCAUAAAUUCACUUUGACCUGGGUCGCUGAUGAAGCUGGAUUCCAGCCCAAAGGUGAUCACUUGCCCGUCGCACCCGUCCACGAAUACGAACUUCCAGUUGCCCCCGUCCACAUUCCUUUCAACGGCAAAGGCUACAAGAUCUACUAAAUUAAUGAAAUCUCAAUUGAACAAAUAAUUUAAAAUUAUGUAUUUUAUGCCUUACGCCUUUUGGCUCUUGCUGUAAAAAUGUGUGAAUAUAAAGCGGAGACUAUCUA